CUCAGUUGAAAAGGAAAAUAGCUUCCCAAAGGUUAUACCCAUGGUUUAAUACCACCUCUAGCCAUGGGCCUGUUGGGAAUACUUUGUUUUUUAAUCUUCCUGGAGAAAAGCUGGGGACAAGAACAAACGUAUGUCAUUUCAGCACCAAAAAUACUCCGUGUUGGAGCAUCUGAGAAUAUUGUCAUUCAAGUUUAUGGAUAUACUGAAGCAUUUGAUGCUACAAUCUCUCUUAAAAGUUAUCCUGAUAAAAAAUUUAGUUACUCUUCGGGUUAUGUUAAUUUAUCCCCAGAAAAUAAAUUUCAAAACUCUGCCUUCUUAACAAUACAACCUAAACAAUUGUCUGGAGGACAAAACACAGUUUCCCAUGUGUAUCUGGAAAUCGUAUCAAAGCACUUUUCAAAAUCGAAAAAAAUCCCUAUAACCUAUGACAAUGGAUUUCUCUUCAUUCAUACAGACAAACCUGUUUACACUCCUCACCAGUCAGUAAAGGUUAGAGUUUAUUCACUGAAUGAUGACUUGAAGCCAGCCCAAAGAGAAACUGUUUUAACUUUCAUAGAUCCUGAAGGAUCAGAAGUUGACAUAGUAGAAGAAAGAGAUUACACUGGAAUUAUCUCUUUUCCUGACUUCAAGAUUCCAUCCAAUCCAAAAUAUGGUGUGUGGACAAUUAAAGCUAAAUAUAAGGAGGACUUUUCAACAAGUGGAACCGCCUACUUUGAAAUCAAAGAAUAUGUCUUGCCACAUUUUUCCAUUUCAAUAGAACCAGAAAGUAAUUUCAUUGGUUACAAGAACUUUAAGAAUUUUGAAAUUACUAUAAAAGCAAGAUAUUUUUACAAUAAAGUAGUCACUGAGGCUGAAGUUUAUGUCUUUUUUGGAAUAAGAGAAGAUAUAAAAGAUGAUCGAAAAGAAAUGAUGCAAAAAGCAAUGCAAAACAAAAUGCUGAUAAAUGGAAUUGCACAAGUCACAUUUGAUUCCGAAACAGCAAUUAAAGAACUGUCAUAUAACAGUCUAGAAGAUUUAAAUGACAAGUACCUUUACAUUGCUGUAACAGUUGCAGAGGCUACAGGUGGAUUUUCUGAAGAGGCAGAAAUACCUGGCAUUAAAUAUGUCCUCUCCCCCUACACACUGAAUUUGGUUGCUACUCCUCUUUUCUUGAAGCCUGGGAUUCCAUAUUCCAUCAAGGUACAAGUUAAGGAUUCACUUGACCAACUGGUAGGAGGGGUCCCAGUCAUUCUGAAUGCACAAACAGUCACUGCAAACCAAGAGACAUCUGACUUGGAACCCAAGAAAAGUAUAACAAGUCUCAGUGAUGGAGUGGCUUCAUUUGUGGUUAACCUCCCAUCUGGAGUGACGGCGCUGGAGUUUCAAGUGCAAACUGAUGCCCCAGACCUUCCAGAAGAAAAUCAGGCCCAGAAAGAUUACCAAGCUAUGGCAUACUCGUCUGUCAGUGAAAGUUACCUUUAUAUUGACUGGACUGAAAACUACAAAGCUUUGCUUGUAGGAGAACAUCUGAAUAUCAUUGUUACUCCUAAAAGUCCAUAUAUUGACAAAAUAACUCAUUAUAAUUACUUGAUUUUAUCCAAGGGCAAAAUCGUACACUUUGGCACCAGGGAGAAACUUCCAGAUUCAUCUUAUCAAAGUAUAAACAUUCCAGUGACACAGAAUAUGGUCCCCUCAGCCCGACUCCUGGUCUAUUACAUUGUUACAGGAGAGCAGAGAGCAGAAUUAGUAUCUGAUUCGGUCUGGUUGAAUAUCGAAGAAAAGUGUGGCAACCAGCUGCAGGUUCAUCUGUCUCCAGAUGCAGUUGCUUAUUCUCCAGGCCAAACUGUGUCUCUGAACAUGGAAACCGAGUCAGCCUCAUGGGUAGCACUAUCAGCCGUGGACAGUGCUGUGUAUGGAGUCCAAGGAAAAGCCAAAAAGCCCAUGCAAAGAGUGUUUCAAGCUUUGGAAAAGAGUGACCUGGGCUGUGGGGCAGGUGGUGGCCGUGACAGCGCUGAUGUAUUCCAUCUAGCUGGACUCACCUUCAUCACCAAUGCAAAUGCAGAUGAGUCCCAAGAAAAUGAUAAGCCUUGUAAAGAAAUUCUCAGGCCAAGAAGAACUCUGCAAGAGAAAAUACAAGAACAAGCUGCUAAAUACAAACAUCCGGUGCCCAGGAGAUGUUGUUAUGAUGGAGCCCGUCGAAAUGACGAUGAAAACUGUGAGGAGAGAGUUGCACGGGUUACCAUAGGGCCACGCUGUAUCCAAGCUUUCAAUGAAUGUUGUAUCCUUGCAAACAAGAUCCGAGCUGAAAGCUCUCAUAAACCCAUCCAGUUGGGAAGGCUACAUAUAAAGACUCUACUACCAGUAACCAAGCCAGAAAUUCGGAGCUACUUUCCAGAGAGCUGGUUAUGGGAAGUUCACCAUGUUCCCAAAAGAGGAAAACAUGAUCUAAUAUUCUUUUGUCCUUCAAGUUAGUGUAAGACAUUUUGGUACUAAUAAAACAUGACAGGAAUUCCCUAAUAUGUAUCUACUUUGCUUUUCCUUUGGGCUGAAGGUAUAUGUGUUACUGAUGCUCUCAAGGCAAAGGUGUUCAAAGAUGUCUUCUUGGAAAUGAAUAUACCAUAUUCUGUUGUACGAGGGGAACAGAUCCAAUUGAAAGGAACUGUUUACAACUAUCGAACUUCUGGGAUGACGUUCUGUGUUAAAGUGUCUACUGUGGAGGGGAUCUGUACAUCAGGACACCCUGCCAUUGGCCAUCAGGGGACAAAGUCUUCCAAAUGUGAGCGUCAGCGAGUGGAGGGUUCUUCCAGCCACUUGGUGACCUUCAGCCUGCUUCCUCUGGAAAUUGGCCUCCAUAACAUCAACUUCACACUGGAGACUUCAUUGGGAAGAGAAAUCUUAGUAAAAAUAUUACGAGUAGUGCCAGAAGGGGUCAAAAGAGAAAGUUAUGCUGGUGUUACUCUGGACCCUAAGGGAAUUUACGGUACUGUUAGCAGGCGAAAGGAGUUUCCAUACAGGAUACCAUUAGAUAUGGUUCCAAAAACAAAUGUCAAAAGGAUUUUGAGUGUAAAAGGGAUGCUUAUAGGUGAGAUCCUGUCAACCGCCCUGAGUCAGGAAGGCAUCGAUAUCCUAACCCACCUCCCUGGGGGGAAUGCAGAGGCAGAGCUGAUGAGCAUGGUCCCAGUAUUCUAUGUCUUUCACUAUCUGGAGGCAGGAAAUCACUGGAACAUUUUUCAUCCUCACUCAUUAACUAAAAAACAGUACCUGAAGAAAAAAAUAAAAGAAGGGAUGGUGAGCAUCAUGUCCUACAAAAAUGCUGAUUAUUCAUACAGCAUGUGGAAGGGUGCAAGUGGUAGCACUUGGUUAACAGCUUUUGCUUUAAGAGUACUUGGACAAGUAAAUAAAUAUAUAGAGCAGAACCAAAACUCAAUUUGCAAUUCCUUAUUGUGGCUGGUUGAGAACUGCCAAUUAGAAAAUGGAUCUUUCAAGGAAAAUUCCCAAUAUCAACCAAUAAAAUUACAGGGUACCUUGCCUAUUGAAGCCCAAGAGAACACCUUAUAUAUGACAGCCUUUACUGUGAUUGGAAUUCGAAAGGCUUUUGAUAUCUGUCCCCUGGUGAAAAUCAGCACUGCUCUCACUAAAGCUGACACCUUUCUGCUUGAAAAUACCCUCCCAUCCGAGAACACCUUUACACUGGCCAUUGUGGCCUAUGCUCUUUCCCUGGGAGAUAAAACACAUCCACAGUUUCGUACCAUUGCUUCAGCCCUGAAGAAGAAAGCUUCGGUUAAAGGUGAUCCACCCAUUUACCGUUUUUGGAAAGACAGCCUCCAACUUAUAGACACCUCUGCACCUAAUGCUGGUACAGCAGGUAUGGUGGAAACCACUUCUUAUGCUUUACUCACCAGCCUGAACUUAAAAGAGAUGAAUUAUGUCAACCCAAUCAUCAAAUGGCUAUCAGAAGAGCAGAGGUAUGGAGGCGGCUUUUAUUCAACCCAGGAUACAAUUAAUGCCAUCGAGGGCUUGACAGAAUAUUCACUCCUCAUUAAACAACUCCAACUGAAUAUGGAUAUCAAUGUCUCCUACAAGCACAAAGGUGACUUCUAUCAUUACAAAGUGACAGACAAGAAUUUCCUUGGGAGAUCUGUGGAGGUGCCUCUCAAUGAUGACCUCAUCAUCAGUACAGGAUAUAGCAACGGCUUGGCUACAGUACAUGUAAAAACUGUAGUUCAUAAAACGAGUACCUCUGAGGAAGUUUGCAGCUUUUAUUUGAAAAUUGAUACCCAGGACAUUAAAGCAUCCAGAUACAGUGGCUUCAGUGACUCAGGAUACAAGCGCAUAGUAGCAUGUGCCAGCUACAAGCCCAGCAGGGAGGAAUCAUCAUCUGGGUCCUCCCAUGCGGUGAUGGAUAUCUCUCUGCCUACUGGAAUCAGUGCAAACCAAGAAGACUUACGAGCUCUUGUGGAGGGGGUGGAUCAACUAUUAACUGAUUACCAAGUCAAAGAGGGACAUGUUAUUUUGCAACUGAAUUCGAUUCCCUCCACUGAUUUCCUUUGUGUCCGAUUCCGGAUAUUUGAACUUUUUCAAGUUGGAUUUCUGAAUCCUGCUACUUUCACAGUAUAUGAAUAUCACAGACCAGAUAAACAAUGUACCAUGUUUUAUAGCACUUCUGACACCAAACUUCAGAAAGUCUGUGAAGGAGCAACAUGCAAGUGUGUAGAAGCUGACUGUGGGCAAAUGGAGAAAGAAUUGGAUCUGACAAUCUCUGCAGAUACUAGGAAAGAAACAGCAUGUAAACCAGAAAUUGCAUAUGCUUAUAAAGUUAGCAUCACAUCCAUCACAGAAGAAAAUGUUUUUGUCAAGUACACCGCAAGUCUCCUGGAUAUCUAUAAAGCAGGCGAAGCUGUUGCUGAGAAAGGCUCCGAAAUUACCUUCAUUAAAAAGAUAACCUGUGCUAAUGCUGCACUGGUGAAAGGAAGACAGUAUUUAAUUAUGGGUAAAGCAGCCCUCCAGAUAAAACACAAUUUCAGCUUCAAGUACAUCUACCCUUUGGAUUCCUCAACUUGGAUUGAAUAUUGGCCUACAGACACAACUUGUCCGUCGUGUCAAGCAUUUUUAGCUAAUUUAGAUGAGUUUACUGAAGACAUCUUUUUAAAUGGCUGUGAAAAUGCCUGAAAAAGUUCUGCAGGGUGUAGUUUUCACUUACUAACUCCUCUUGUUGAAGUUCCUCUUUUUUCUUCUUUUUUUUAACAUUCACAGCUGGACUUAUUUGGAAAGCUCACGUUCCUUAAAAUUAAUGGCAGUUGCUUUUAUUAAGGGACAAUUUUAAGAGCUGUAACUUUCUGAAAUAACAUGGCCUUCGAGUGGGGCAUGAAGACAGAUUCUCCAAGUUUACUGGACACUAAAAGCGAUAAACUGGAACACCUCCUAAAAUCUAUCACUUGUGAAUGUUUUCUGGGACCAAAAGAAUAGCCCCAUUGAAAUGGAGUAUCUUACAAAAACAUGGCCCUUGCUCCAAAGAAAAUACCACGGAACCAAAAACUGAUCAUUAAAGCUUGAUUCUGCUUUCAAAA